AUGGACGAAGACAUCCAGGUUCAAGUUGAUUUUCGUGGAAUAAAGAGGGUGUUUGUCGCACCACAACCACGGACUUACAGUAACUUACUAGCUCUUUUACAAACCCAUGUUAACAAAAUUGAUACUGCGUCAUGGUGUUUGUUGUAUGAAAAUGAUGAAGGAGAUCACGUUGUUCUGCCGAAGGAUAACUUCAGUUUGUCUGUGGCCAUUCAGUCCUCUCGAAGAAUACCUGGAAUUGACUUGCUGCGUUUGAAAAUUCAAGUGCUGGAAUCCAAAUCUCCAACUCCAGUUAAACAAACACAAGGAGGUAAUGUCGGUGUUGAAACUCUCACGCAUUCUUUUUCUACCGGGAUGAAGGAAUUGACAGAAUUGUCACCAACUAUAGUGUCACCAGCUUCGAAACGCGGAAAGUUCUCAUGUUCUGCAAGUGAACACUCGCCGACCAGAUGUAAAAAGCAACUUAGUUUCGCCAGCGGUUCUGUUGAUAUACACGAUAGCAUAUUGGAUGCAAAAUAUGAUGAUGAUCAAAGUAAAACCCCUCUGAUGAGAUACAUUGAAAAAACUGAAGUAGAUAUUGCAGCCGAGGAAGAAAGCCUUAGCGUACUUCGUGCAAAACGUGACUCGAUAACAAAACGUCUUGAAAAAGUGAAAAAUUACCCGUCGCAUGGAAAUCUCUGUAGAAAAUGUCACUUGCGUCUUGGACAUACUGCACGUAGUUGCACUUAUGGUCUAUGUGAUUCGGUUUUUUCUUGCGGCCAAGAGAAAUUUCAUUCAGGUGAACUUAACAUGAAAGAAUUGGAUAAUGGUAUUCGAAAGAAAGAAAAACAAGUACAGUUGCUCAAAUGUGAAUUAGAAAAUAAGAAGGCCGCUUGUAGAUCAGUGAAAGAAUCGUUGUCUAGACGGAUCGAGGCAGAUUUAUUUGAAGAAAACAUCGAUGAGUAUAUGUAUUAUGGCCAGAAAAACUGGACUUUGUUGCGGAAACAUGUACACGCUGUCGAACAGUACUGCAAAAAUGAGUACAACGGAAAACUACCAGCAAAGAAGGAUAUCAAAUUUGUUUUAAGAAAGGCUCUUGAAGGUAGCAGGUCGUCCGUAAACCCUUCCACAAUUCGCGCCAGACAACGGCAUGAAAAUCCAGCCAAACAUGUUCUAGAAAGAUGUGGAGUUAAAUUUCCCACUGCUACGCCAUCCCAUGCAAGUUCAUCAUGUACUGUUACGUCGUCUUCAUUGGCUAGUGCAAAAUCAGUCAACAAGGGUGCUAGUUUGUAUAGACGUUGCAUACCAUUUUCGAAAGAAGAGGAAGACGCUCAAAUUCAAACGGCUUUGAUAGAGAGCCGUUUUAUAUCUGUUAAACCUAGUGAACAGCCAAUUGACACUUGUCCAAACAUGGAGAAAACUUGCCCAGACAUGGAGAAAUGUACGAACUCAGGUGAGAACUCUGUAGACAGGGAUGAGUCAGACUCUAGUGAUAAUGAUGAUCAGGAAGCGGCAAACAUUUUGCUCAGUCUGAUGAAGUGA